GUGAACGGCGAUGAGUGGGAAGCGAGCGCCGAGGAUUCGGCGAUGGUGGCCGACCACACGCCACGGCGGUGAACGACGUCGAGCCUCGAGGCGAGCCGCAGGCCAGUCCCGUGCACAUGGAGCAAGCCGAGCUGGGCUCGCAGGCAGCCAGCGGCAGCACGGCCACUACGUCGACCAACUGGUCAUCGCCCAUGUCGACCGAGACGUCGUCCACGUCCAGCCACAAAACGCCCACCAGGAGGUUGGAGAGGAGGCCAGAAAUAUGCUGGGUCCACGGCUACCAAGGCAACGGCCCAUUUAACAACCUCCACGUGGUCCGCUCAGGUGAGAUCCUCUACAAUGUGGCGGCUCUGGCUGUCCUCUUCAACCGGUCCAAGCACCAGCAGCGCUUCUACAUGGGACACUCUAUGGACAUCGACUGCAUUGCGUACAAUUACAACGAAGACGUCGCGGCGACGGGACAAGGCGCUGGCUUCAACCACGCACCUCCGGCUCACAUUCGCAUUUGGAAGACCGACACACUUGAAACGCUGGCAGUUCUUGGGGCGGGAAUAAUAAACGUAGGGCUGUCGUGCCUUGGAUUUUCGUACCAGGUGAGAUACAUAAGCUUCGUCAUGUUAGCGCACAAAGAACUUUGUCUGCUCAGUUUUUGUUUCACAAUAAAUUUUGUUGGAUAA